GUGCGGGAGCGCGUUUGCGAUGCAGCUCCUGCGACGGUUCCGCUUUCCCGAGAACGUUGGGGGCGGGAGGCCAGUCUUGAGGUCAGGUGGUAUUACCUCCAUUUUACAGAGGCGGAAACGUGGCCAGAGUUGCACAGUCCUGGGCAGGCAGAGCCUCGUGCUAUGAGCACCUCGAUUCUGUUCCAGUUUCCUGCCCUGCUGACCAGAGUGUGCACAGUGCCCUGGGGACUCCGGCUCUGCCAGAAGCCGCCGCUCUCAUCCCCUGGAACAGCGGUUGCUCUGGUCCAGGCGGCAGGCAAGAAGGACCGCCCCGCUCUGCUCUCCCUGGAUGAGAGUGAACUUGAAGAGCAGUUUGUAAAAGGACAUGGUCCAGGGGGCCAGGCAACCAACAAAACAAGCAACUGCGUGGUGCUGAAGCACGUCCCCUCGGGCAUCGUCGUCAAGUGCCACCAGACUAGAUCCGUGGAUCAAAACAGAAAGCUAGCUCGAAGAAUCCUGCAAGAGAAAGUGGAUGUUUUCUACAAUGGUGAAAACAGUCCUGUUUACAAAGAAAAACGAGAGGCAGAGAAGAGAAAACAAGAAAGGAAAAAAAGAGCAAAGGAAACCCUAGAGAAAAAGAAACUCCUGAAAGAACAAUGGGAAUCAAGUAAAAAUGUGCCCGGAGAAAGGACUGCAGGUUCUGACUGAGAGCACCUGCCGAUGCCUCCAGGGAUGGCGGCCGUGAGCCCCACCGCCAGCGCGGCUGUGACGGUGCUUUCAGAGGAGAGUGUGUGCCCGGCGCCAGGGACAGCAAAGUUUCUAAGCGGCAAACUGGUGAACAGCGAUGCACACUUUGAGAAUAAAACUAUAGAGAAACACGAGGAAGUCAUCAGUGUAGAAGGACAGGGUACUUUUCAGCGGGGGAGGAAAGGCUGUCAUUGUGACAAAGGGCUUAGAUGGGCUUCUGGGCGGCUGCAGAGUUCUGCUUCUUAACCUGGACAGUAGUUAGAUGUCACCUUUUGGGACUUCCCUGGUGGUCCAGUGAUUGAGGCUCCACGCUUCCAGUGCAGGGGGCACACGUUCAAUCCCUGGUCAGGGAACGAUCAUGCCAUGAGGUGUGGCCAAAAAAAAAGGAAAAGAAAAAAAAAGUAUGUCACCUUUUAAGCUAUAGAUUUGUGUGACUGUGUCUUGUUUUAUUAUCAAAAGUUAGAAAUGAAAAUUUUUUGGGGGGGCUGCACCGCGCAGCUUGUGGGAUCUUAGUUCCCCGACCCGAGAGUGAACCCGGGCCCUCGGCAGAGAGAGCACAGAGCCCUAAUCACUGGACUGCCACGGAGUUCCCAAAUGAAAAUAUUUUUUGAGAAAAAGCAUUAAUAUUAGUAACGGACUCUUUGUGGAAAACUAUAGAACUGAGUCAAACAAUAGCCUUGCCCUUGUCAUCUGCUGGGAGGUCACUGCUCAGUGAUACGUAGAUGUCAACUUAAUGUCAGAUGAAGAGAAUAAAAGAAAACAAGAUGGCAAAUGAUUUACAAAGUAGCACAUGACUUGCCCAUUUACCCCAUUAGAUUAAUAGACUGUGUUGACAAGUAACCUCUCUGAUGUGGAAAUACACACAUUAUUCUCUGUAUGUUGAUUUACAAGUAGUAAGUUUAUAAGAGAUGAGGUUUCAAAAACCUGAUGUUUGUGUGGGGCUUCCUAGGUGGUGCAGUGGUUAAGGAUCCACCUGCCAAUGCAGGGGACAUGGGUUUGAUCCCUGCUCCAGGAAGAUCCCACAUGCUGCAAAGCAACUAAGCCUGUGUGCCUAAAAAUAAAAAAUAAAAACCUGAUGUUUGUGAAUUUGCUUGAUACCAUCCCUCAAGCCAGAUUUGACCUUACAGAUUACUUGGGGGUUUUUAGGCAUGGUUAGUAGCUUUGUUUGUUAGAACCCAUCUGGCGUUUAUGCAUACAAC